UGUAGUUUCGUUCGACAUGAAAACAAUGCUUUAAAGUUCAAAUAGUACGUUUACCGACAUAUUUAUAAAUAAUAAAUAUUAAACUAUUAUUUUAUAGACUAAAUUUUAUGUUUAUUUACUAUGUCUACUCGUGAGAUACUUACGUUGCAAUUUGGUCAGUAUUCAAAUUAUAUAGGAGCACAUUUUUGGAACAUACAAGAGCUAAGUUUUGACUACACUGGCACCUCAAAGACCGAAUGCAAUCAUGAUAUUUUAUAUAGAGAAGGUCAAACUGCUGCGGGAGAAGUUACUUAUACGCCUCGUUUGCUCUUGGUUGAUUUGAAAGGUUCUCUUAAAACUUUACCAGCAAGUGGGGGUUUAGAAGAAUUAAAUUUAGAAGAAAAUCUGCCAUGGGAUGCUGUCGAAAAACUUGAACAACCAGGACCUAGUAAGAAUGAGUUUUUAAAAGAUAUUGACUCUGAAAAUGCAUCUAAGAUGGAAAAUAAACAAUAUAACUUAGAGCAAGAAAUUGAUACAUGGACUGAUUAUUUGUAUCCCAGGUUUCACUCUCGUACUGUAAAUGUUAUCAAGGAAUAUGAAUCUGGAAAUGCAAAUGAAAGUUUUGACACUAAUUGCUCUGGUCGUCUUAUAUGGAAAUCAGAUUUUGGAGAAUCAUUUACUGAUAACAUUCGAAAAUAUGUAGAGGAAUGUGACAGCAUGCAAGGUUUUCAAGUUAAUUUUGAUUGCACAGAUGGUUUUGCAGGCCUGGCUUUGGGUUGCAUUGAACAUCUUUCAGAUGAAUACACAAAGAGUAUAUUAGCAUACCCCAUUAUAGCAUCACACUAUUCUGAUAAUAGCCCAUCUACAGAAGAAGAAAGAGAGAUAUCAAAUCUAAAGGAUUCCAUAAGAUUAGUUAACAUUGCACUAUCAAUUGAAGAAUUGUCACAACAUGCCGACUUAUUUGUACCUUUAUGUACUGGGGACAAAGGAUGGCGGAAACCUGGAAACCCAAGAUUAUUUGAUUAUGUGAAUUAUAACCCAAAAUUAUACUACCAUUCUUCAGCUUUACUUGCAUCAGCAUUAGAUACAUUGAGUCAAAAAUAUAGGCAUAAAGGUAGUAUUCAUACUAUGUCUGAUAUAUGCGCCGAUAUGACAGGGUAUGGAAGAAAAAUGGCUGCAGCAACUCUUGGAAUACCAUUUGCAUUAAAUGAAUCUGAAUAUCUCAUUGAUUAUUUGAAUAAAACAACUAAACCACUUUACAGAUCAAUAACACCUAGCUGUAAAAUUGCCACAGAUAAACUUUUCCAACUUAUUACUGUUAGAGGAAUACCUGAGUCCUAUCUAAAGGCACCUAUGAAAGAAGCUAAAGAACAAAUGAAUCUAGCAGCAUAUAAAUGUAACAAUGUAAAAGAAAUGUUUGAAUUGUAUUUCCAAGCCAACAAUUUCCUUUCAGCAACCAAUGUUACAGUAUGUGAGAAACCAUUGGAGUUAAAAACUCCAUAUCCAUGUAUUUUCUCAGAUAAUUUGAAUAAGUAUGGAUUUGUUCGGGAUAAUAAUCAGGUAGAGAAAACAAUAAGUUGUCCAUUGAUAGCAGGAUACCAUAAUGGAAAUUUUAUGGCUGAUAUGAUAGAGAAGCUUCAUAGAGAUGUUAACAGAAUUAAAUUUGCUAAACUCCAUAAAUUCCAACAAGAAGGAUUGGAAUUUGCUGAUUACACAGAAAGUUUAAACAGAUUAGCAGAGUUUAAAGAUAAUUAUGAAGAUGAUUUUGAACUUUAAGUAUUUUUAAAUUUGUAUAAUAAUUAAAAAAAAGUAAUGUAAUGUAAGUCUGUUUUUAAUAAAAUAAAAUAAAAUUCAUAUAACUUUAUUUAAGAUGAUUUAGAUAAAAUAAAUCAAUCUCAUCCACACAAUCGCAAUUAUAC